CAAUUUUUUUUACAAAAACUUAGAGGUCAGUAAUUUAAUUUAGAAUAUUUAUAUGGAUUGGGUGUGAAACAAUGCUUGUUUUCAUGUAUUUUGCACUUCCACCCUUCAAGCCUUUCUUUUUGAUACAUUAAGAUUCUCUUCUUAAUUUCACUUGAAUUUGCUAAGCAUCUUCCAGGAAAUGCAACCUGCUAUUGCCUAGUGCCUAUUUGAGUUGUUUCUUCUCCUUAGUUGGCUCAUCAACUCCUCGCAUCAGAAAUUGAACCUGCCGCUACUUCUAACAAUUUGCUUUGCAAGGCCCAAGUUGAUUAUCAGUGUCCAACUUUACCUAUUUCUUCUGCUAAUCUUGCAUUGAAAUUCAUCGGUGGACAAAAUGAUGGACAAAAUGAAGGACAAAAUGAUGGACAAAAUGAAGGACAAAAUGAUGGACAAAAUGAGCGACAAAAUUAUUGAGAAAGUUGAGAAUUUUGUUGAGAAUUUUGUAGACCACCACGGAAAACUUGAAGAAGAUCUGAAUGAGUUGAGAAGCGAAUGGCAGGUUCUAAAGAGGAGAAAAAUUGACGUUAAUUCAAGAAUACAAGUAAACGUAGAGGUUCACUCGGGCCAGGUGGUGAAAGAAGAAGUAAAGGGAUGGCUUGAAGAUGUUCAAAAGAUCGAACAAGACAUACAAGAUGUUGAAGAAAGAGUAGGCACAGUUUCAUACCACAAACGUGCUAGUUUUGAUAAACUUGUGCGUGAAAAAAUUGAUGUGGUGAAGAGGAUUCGAGAGAGGGGCAUUUUCGAAGGGGGCCUUGGGAUUAAGAGAGCUCCAGGUUGUGGAAUGUUAAUUCCAACAGAAAAUUUAGAGGGUGAAAUUUCUGCUAAAGGUGAAAUUUGGGAGCACUUGAUGGGCAAUAAAAUUGGAAUGAUUGGGGUUUGCGGUAUUGGUGGAGUUGGUAAGACUACAAUCAUGAAGCAUGUUAAUAAUGAUUUGUUGAAGGGAAGCAUAUUCCAAAAAGUGAUUUGGGUUACUGUAUCAUACCCUCUCAAUGUUUUUCAACUACAAAAGAAGAUUGCACUUGCUAUGGGCAAAACACUUCUAGAAGAUGAAGAAGAAAUGAUGCGGGCUGCAGCACUAAUGGAGAUAAUGAGAAGAGUGAGAUUUGUGCUAAUAUUAGAUGAUGUAAGGGAAAAGUUUUCUCCCAAGGAUGUUGGAAUCCCGGAGCUAGUGCAGAAUAAGAGCAAAGUAGUCAUCACUACUAGAUCUAUUGAAGUAUGCAAGUAUUUAGGUUGUAAGAUUGUUAAAGUGCAGCCUCUUUCACCAGAGGAGUCUCUAAACCUAUUCCUCGAGAAGGUUGGACGUGAUGUUUUACAAAAAGUUUCAGGAUUGGAAGAAACCUUGAAGCUUAUUGUGGAGCAGUGCGAGGGCUUGCCACUGGCAAUUGUUUCAAUAGCAGGGAGUUUGAAGGGAGAAUAUGAUAUUGCAGAGUGGAGAAAUGCCCUAAGAGCACGUUUGGAAGUGUAGGAUUGGAUAAGAUUGGAUAUGAUAUAAAUAAUGGGAUUAGAUUGGAUUGGACAAUAUAAUAGUACAAUCCUAUGUUUAGAGAGCUCUAGUUUAAAAAUAAAAAUGUAUAUUUAUU